AUGCCUGUUAGGUCUUGCAACUCUGUUGAUAUGGUGAAAUCUCCUACAACCACUACCACCACCACCAAAACUAAGACAACCACCCCAAUCCUUACACCAGGUCCCUCCACUUCAUGCAACUUCUCCUGCUCCUUCGAUGUGGACUUCUGCUCCUGGACACAGUCAGACACUGACAGCUUUGACUGGACACGACACAAGGGACCAACGUCCUCAACAACCACAGGACCCUCUUAUGACCACACCACAGGAGAGGGCUACUUCAUCUAUCUGGAAAGCAACGACGCCAACCCAGGGGACAUGGCACACCUAGUCAGCCCCACCUGCGCCUCCCUCCGACCCCAUUGCUUCCACUUCUGGUAUCACAUGUAUGGAGUGGCCCGCACAAUGGCUCUGCAUGUCUAUGUGGUCUCUGGUGAUGGAGCUCCUGAGCUGGUCUGGUCUCAGAUGGGGAACAAGGGCAACCGGUGGAAUAAAGGAGACAUCACUAUCACUCACACAGGAAGGCUGCAGAUAAUCCUGGAAGGCGUGCGGGGAGAAGACUUCCGCAGCGAUGUAGCUGUGGAUGACAUUUCUGUGACAGAGGGAUACUGCCCAGAGUCCUGUGUGGUGUCAGGCGACCCCCAUUACUACACCUUCGACAAGCAAACCCACCACUUCAUGGGCAACUGCACCUACACCCUCUCCCAGCUGUGUGACUCCAACAUCUCCCUCCUGCCCUAUUUCAAUGUGGAAGCGACAAAUGAACACAGAUGGGGCAACACCCAGGUGUCCUAUGUUAGAAGCGUGGACGCUGAUGUCCACGGCAUCCGGGUCACACUGGAGAAAGGGGGGAACUGUGAAGGUCAAUGGAAAGGAAGCCGAUGUCCCCUCCACACCAACACCCGGUGUGUACAUCUGGCCCAGUGGCUUCUACACAGUGGUUUCAACCGACUUUGGGUUGAGAGUCAAAUUUGA